UGGCCAAUACAUGUUGAACAAUUAUUACAUCAAAAUAACGCUUCAUCAUUAUAUCAAUCUAUUUAUAAAGCUGAAGAUAGAUCCGGGCAUGAAGAAUGGUGGAUAGAAAGUGAACGAUUAAUCCAAGGUAAAUUAGAAUCAUGUGUACCAAAUGAUAAAUCCAAAACAUCAGCAAUCGGUGUAACACCAAUCAUUUUAUCACGCACAAUUUCAUUACGAACAUUAUGUCGAUUACAAAAACUGUAUGGUGAUGAAACGUUUUUAACUAAAAUGGCUAAUUGGGAACUGUCGCCACAUAGACCUGAUCAUAUCUGGACAGAAUAUACACUUUAUUUUAUAACAGGACGUUGUACACAACUAUUUGAUACAUAUCAUAUUGAUGAUAGUGCAUUAUUGUCUACAAACUCAAUGCCAAAAGUGAAUUUUUAUGGUCUUAGUAUUUGGUCAGAUAAAGAUUGGACAAAAGAAAAUCAAAAUAAAUUAAUUGACUCUAUUAAUAAUGGACUAAGAUGGCGUCAAAAAGAGAUUGAUGAAGCCAAUGGUCAAGCAAUUAUUGAUAAAUCAGUCAAUGGUCAUAGUUUAUUUACUGUUCUUCAAGGAAGACAAAAUGUUACUUCAAAAGUGUAUCAUCAAUACUUUUAUCCAUUAUAUAUGAAAUAUUUACAACAACAAAAACGAAUGGAUAAACUAGUACCAAUGCUUGAGUAUAUGGCUCAAGAAUUUCGUAAUUAA